AUGAGCUAAGAGAACAGAACAACUAGAUCUAGUGAGUCAGAUGAAACAUAUGGUUAUUUUGAUUUAGCAAAUAACAAUGAGAGGUUUUACUCUUUUGAACAAAGAAUUGCUUUAAAAUUAAUUUUUGAAAAUGAGGAAACUUUUAUAUUAGCUAAAGAAGUUCCUUAUGAUAUAUCAUAAAUAAUGAACAAAGGAUAUUUAAAUGAGAAUCAACCAAUUUUAGGGUCUGGAAGUUUUGGAACUGUUUUCAUCUGUUGGCAUUUAAUAUCAAAUUAUUUAUGUGCUGUAAAAGUACAUUAAAGAUGUUAAGCUGAAGAGAUUUUACAAUAAGUGAAUGAAUACAAGAUUUAGACCUUAUUAAAUAAAAGAUUUCCUAAUAGCACUUUAUUACUACCUGAUAGAGUAUAUGUUAUAUAAGAAUCCAUAAACUAUUUUACUACUUAUGCUGGGAUGGAAAUUGCAUAUACAACUUUAGAUGAAUAUAUUUCUAAGGUUGAUAUUUAAUAUGAUGAAUUUAUAAGUAUAUAUCAUUCAAUCUUAUAAUAAAUAUUGGAAAUGCAUUCUUUAAGAAUAGCUCAUAGAGAUAUUAAAUUAUCAAAUAUUAUGUAUACUCAUUAAAAGGGUUGGUUGGUUAGUGAUUUUGGAUGUGCAUAAUUUUAUGAAAAUUAAUAAGGAAAGUAUUCAAUAUAAGGUACUAGAUAGUACUUACCACCUAAUUUAAGAAAUUUAUUAAAAUAUAAUUUUUAAUAAAUAGAGUGUGAACAGAAUCUUUUUGAUAACGAUAUAUAUUCCUUUUUAUUGUCAAUGUUAAAGGUAUACAAAAAAGGAUCAUCAAUUGUUCAGUUAUAAUAGAUGCUGGAUAAUGAUUGCCUUUUAUAAUAAAUGCCUAUAGAAUUUAAAAUACAUGGCAAGAGUUACAAUUAUAUUAAAUUAAACAUACUACGUGGAAUGAAUAAAGUUCCAAUUUAAAAAUAGUUUGAAAAAGAAAAAAAUAAACAUGUCAAUCAAAUACUUGAAGAAAAAAAUUAGAGUUCAGAGUAUAUUAUUGAAUUAGUUAUCAAAAAACUAAAAUUAUUCCAUUUUUCUUCUACUGAUAUUUGGUAUUCUUAUCGUUUGAGUUCUUAAAAUGAACAUAAUGAUGAAUUCAAAUUGAAUAUCUAGAAUAAUUAAGAAGUUAAUCAAAUUUUAUAGAAAUAUCGUGAUUUACUAUUGAUUGAUUUUAAAUAAGUAGAUGAUAACUCUUUAUUAGAGAUUAAUUCAAGCACUAAAAAAUGGUAAUAUAAUUUGAUAAUGAUCUACUAUCUUCGAUUAAGUAAUAUUCAAAAAUAAUAUAAUGUUUGUUUAGAAAUGCAAAAAUAUUCUGAAGAAUCUUCAGUAAAUUAUAAAUUACAAGAAAUUGAAUGUUUAAUCUAAUCAGAUCAAUUUGAAACUGCUCUAUAAAUUUUAGAAGAGUUAACUAAUCAAUAGUAUUUGUUAGAUGACAUAUAAUAUGUGAGAUUAGAAAUGUAUAGAAUCUAUUUAGAAAAAAGUUGGCUUGAAACAGCAGUUGAAAUUUAAAAAUACUACUUUAAAGUUUAAAUGUUAUUUUAACAAAGCAUGCUUACUACAAAAAUCAAUAAUAAUUUUUCUUGGAUUUUUUUCCAGUUCAAUCAUACACCUGGCGAUGUUGAAAUUAAUACUAAUUUUCCAGAAUCUUUAGAAUUUUAUUAUAGAAAAAUUCUUUUAUACUUUGGUAUUAAUACUAAUGAUCAUAAAGAAAUCAUUUAGCAAUUAGAGUAAAGAGGAUCAGAUAAAUAUGGAAUUAGAUAACUAUUAUUGAUAUUAAUACAGACUAUCAGUUUCACUAUAAAAAUUCAAGAUAAGAUUUAAGUAGAGGACUUGUUUGAAUAAGCCAUCUAAUAUUUUCAAUAAAAUAACCUAGGUGGAAUGUGGGAUAUUUAUUAUUAUUAUUCAAUUUCGUGCCAAAAGAAAUAAUAAUACCAAAAGUCUUUAUCUAUGAUCCAUAAAGCUAUGCAAUAAGUAGAUAAGAAUAAUAAUCUUGAAUUGUUAUAAACAUUAUUUUAAUAGAUGUAUUGUGAAAUUAAACUUGAUUAAUGCUAGGAGUAUUAAAAUACCUUAACGAAUAUUUUAAUAAUUAUUAAAUAAGUAUAAUAAUCAAAAAGUAGAUUAUUAUUAAUGUAGAGAGUUUAAAGAUUACUUUAUAUAAUAUUUCUUAAAUAAUAAUAUUCAAAUCAGAUUUUUAUGAUAAUUUAAUAAUAUUUACAGACUGAAACAGAUACAGAUAUUUUAUCUUUUUUAUAUAAAUUAGAAUGGGAAACAAUUUUAACUUAUCAACAUCCAUAAAGUCUAAAUUAUUUCUUCAAUAAUAAAAUGAUAAACAUCUGUCUUAAUUCCAAUACUAAUGAUAGAGAUAUGUUAAAAUGCUUGUAAAAUAUAGCAGUUGUUUCAAGGUAAAUAAUUAAAUUUGAUUAAAAUAUUGAGAAUCAAAAAGUAGCAGUCAACUCUUCUUAAAGGUUUACAUAGAGUCUCAUUAUAUUUGAAGAUAUAUACAACUAAAAUUAAACAGGAACAUUAGAUUUAGAAAAUGAAAUCUUGAGAUAAGCUUAUUUAAAUAAAUAAUUCAAAUAAGACGAAAAUUUUAAAUAAGUAAAAAAUUUGCUUAUAGCGUAUGCCUUUAAUAAUUACAAAAAGCUUGUAUGA